AUGGAUAAUUAAUUUAAAAAUUAUACGAAAACACUAUCAAUUUAAGUUUUUUAUUUUAAACAUAAAAAAAAAGAAAAAAAAACUAAAAAUAAUAUUCAUAAAAAUAAAAAAGAUUAGAAUUUGUUUAAAAUAUUAGACUCAUUAAAAUACUUUGAUAUAAUAUUUUUAAUAAAACUAUCAAAAGAAGUAUAUUAAAUUUCCAUAAUAGUCACCAUAGCAUAUAUAAUAAUAAUGAACCUAUUAUAUACUAUAUGCUUGAUUCACAAAUAUUUUAAUGUAAAAGCGAAACCCAGAAAAUUCUUUUUUGGAAGAUGGUUUUCAUAUUUUUAAUCGUUUUAUUAAUUCCUGUUUUUCUAUCCUUUUAUAGUAAUAUUAAUGUCCUAUGUAUUUUGCAAUUAAGAAAUAUUUACAUAAAUAGAUAUGACAUGUGAUUAUAAUGAUAGUUUUUACAUUAUUACUUUCACUUUUACAAUUUUGGCUUUAUUUUCGGCUAUUUUAAAUGAAUGUUGGCUGGCUUUAUUUUACCAAAACAUGAAAUAAUAUAAAAAAGAUUAAUUAAGUAUUGAUAAAUAUCCAUAAUUUUAAUUAUAUUUUAGUGUUUUGAAAAUUAUUAUAGGAUUUUUUCGUUCUAUAUCAAUUUAAAAUAGCUAUUAUUUUCUACUUUUUUAAAUUAUUUUGUAAAUAAUAGUAUCUUCAUUUAUUUACUAUGAAUUAAGUUUUAAACUUGGAUUUUAUAAUUUAGGAAAUUAAAAUAUUAAGAUUAUUUUUUUCUAUUCUUAUACAAUACUAUACUCUACUUUUCUUUCUUAAUUUACAGACGAAAUAUAAAGAAAAUCGGAAAUAUUCGGACAAGGGACUGAAUUAUUUUUAUACUUAACAAUUUUCUAUAGUAUAAUAUUAAUUACUUUAAGUGAAAAAAUCCGCGAUUUUCACCAUAAAUCUCUUUUGUUAAAUAAAAGUACAAAUUUAUUUCUCUAAAAAGAAUAUUCUUAAAAAAAUUUUCUUUUAUAAAUUUAAAUUUUAUAAGAUUUAACACAUGAAAAUAUUCAAUAAAAUGAUACCAUUUUUAAAGGUUUAAUAAAUUCUCAUUUAAAUAAUCCUUGUGAGGAUUUCUAUGAGCAAGAAUUUAAAUGUUUUUGUAAAUUAAAAUCACUCUAUGACCCUAAAAAACAUAAAGAUGUAAAAAUUGAAAAAGUCUAUAAUAAAUAAAACAGCUCUAUUUUUACAAAAUUCAUUAUAAAACGUUGGUUUGAACUUUAUUUAUUAAAAAACAGAUAUUAAUAGUAUCAUUUUUACAUAUAUUAUGCUGAAUUUCUCUAUUUUAAAUUCAAAAACAUUGCUUUGGCUUUAAAAAAUUUAUGUCUAAUUUAGGAGAAAUACUUAAACCCUUUAGAAAGUUUCCAUUUAUUUUAAUUAAAGCAUAUAAUAAUAAAAUAAAAUAGGAGUUUAAAUAGAUAAAGUUAUUAGUAAAAUCUAGAAUCUUAAAGUGUUAUACCUGUAGAAACAUAAAUGGUAGAAAUAUAAAAAAGAAUAAAAUUUAUUUUAAAAAACAAUGUAUAAUUUUGGGCUUAUUUAGCAAAAAAUACCAUUGAUCUAUAUGAAAUAAACAAGAAAAUUAAAUAAUCAUUUCAUUAAAUCAAAUAAUUAAAAUAAAUCUGGCAAAAGCAAAUGCAAUAUCUAUAUUAUAGAAAAAAAUGGGUAUUUUACUAUGCCUGGUAUUAAUUAUUUAUUUUAAACAAAAAAGUUAAGCUUUUUAUUCUCGAAAAAUUCUAGUCUACAAAAAUAAACGAAAAUGAUAUUUUUUCAGAAGAACUCUAAAAUGACGAUAUUUUUCUAGAAAAAUAUGAUAUAGAGUCCGUAGAUUCGAAUUUAAGACCAGAAAAUUAUGAUAUAAUAUAAAUUAAAAAGCCUUAAAUGGUAUUUGAUAUGAAUAGUGUAGUUUUACAUGUAGAUAAUGAUUUUAAAUGUAAUAUUUUGAAAACCAAUAGGGCUCUUUUUCACACUUUUGGUUAUUUAUCUAAUGAAGUGGAAAAUAAAGUUGGUUUAGAUAAAUUUAUGCCGAGAAUAUUUGGAAAAAUACACGAAUAAUAAAUGAAAGAAUUUACACUAUCCGGAAAAAGUAAAUGCUUAUAUUCUUAAAGGAAAGUCUUUUGCAUGAAUAAAUAAGGCGAUAUUUUUUAAAGCUAUAAAUAUGUUAAGUAGUUUGUUACUUUAUAAGGAAAUUGUGAAUAUAUUGCACUUAUUAGACCUAUUAAAAGUCCAUAAGGACUUAAAUAAUUAUUUCUUAUUUUAAAUGAAAAUUGGGAAAUCGAUUGUAUGUCCGAUAUUAUUUAUUAGGCUUUAGGAAUAAAUCCUUUAACUUAUUAAAAUGAAAAAAGUAAAUAAAUAUUAAAUUUUUUAUUAGUAAGUCCUUCUCUUUUAUAAUAUACUAAAUACAUUUAAUAUACAACUAACAUCGAUUAAUAUUUAUUCUAAAAAAUAAAUGAAGAAACAGGCGAUAAUUCUCAAAAAUAAGAAGAAAAUUCAGAAAAUGUAUUAUCUCCUUAAAGUUGUUACUAAAAAUAAGAACAAAUAUAAAAAUAUUCAUUAUUUUAAACUAACAGUAUCAGAUAAUAAUCUUAUUUUAAAAAUGAAUUAAGUCCGCACUCAAGUCAUAUAUAAAUACAAUAAAAAUUUUUUUAAGCUUAAUAAACUCCUUAUAAUAUUUCUAUACAAAUUCCUCAAGAAAUACCUUCAUAAAUGAAUUAUGAAAAAAACAAAAUUUAAAUAAAUAUAAAAGAAAAUAAUAAUAUAAUAUAUGAAUAAGAAGAAAAUGAAUAAUUAAAUGAACAUAAAAAUUUUUAAAUGGCUGGAAGAAUAAAGAAAUUAUUGAAUAUUAAAAUUCAUAAAUCAAGACGACAAACAAUACAAUAAGAACUAAAUGAUUUAUCGAAGUCAUAUUCUUUAAAUUCUCACGACAAUACUCCUUUAAUUUACAGAUAAUAGAAAAUUAAAAAAGAAAAUUAUCUUUUUUUUAAUGAUAAAUUAGAUAAAGGUGAAGAUGUUGAUUUUGAUAUUAUUAUUCCGGAUAAUUUAAAUUAAAUGAUGCUAAAUUAUUUCAAUUAAAUUUAAAAAAUAUAGAUAACAUAAAUAGAUGAUGUGGAUAAAUAAAUAUACGAAAUAAUAAAAUAAAUAAUAUCUAAUAAUAAUAAUAAUAUUAAAACAAUUAAUACAAAAAAUUAUAAAUGUAAUUGUACAUUAAAAAUGAUAUAAUAUAAUAAAUAAAAAGUUAUAAUAAUUAAAUUAAACAAAUUCGAAAAACAAUUAAAAAAAAAAAUAAAAUUAUUUAAGAAUUAUGUAAAAGAAAAUUCUAUAUAAAAAUGUGCUUUUAAAAUUAAAAAAAAAAAUGAUGCAUUAUAAAAAGAUUUAUUAUUUAUUUAAAAUUAGCCUAAUUAAAAUUCUAAUUCUAAUUCUAAUUCUAAUUCUUUAAAUUUAUUUGACUCAAAUUAAAACAAAGAAAACAUUUUAAUUUUUAAUAAAACCCGUGGAUAUUAAACUCAUUUUGAUAAUCAUGAAAAUAAUAACAGUUUAACAUCAGUUUCUUCCGCACGUUUAUUCUAAAAAGAUUUCUAAAAUCGUCAAGGUUCAAUGAAUUUCAAUUUAAAUCAUACUGAGAAUAUAUAUAUAAAAGAGGACAAUCAUAAAUCAAAUAAAAAGAUAAUAAUAAUUUAAUCAUUUGCAAUUUUCGUUAGAAUUUUUUUUAUUUUUUUAAUAUUUAUGAAUAUUUUUACAUUUUUCUAUGGUCCUUAUUAGUAAUUUAGUAACCUUCACUUGAACGCGGAGGGUAUUUUUUAAUCAAAGAAAGUUACUUUGACAAUAUUAUAAUCAUACAAUACAAUAUUAGACCUAUUAUUAUUAAACACGGAUACUUUUUAAUUUCAAAACAAUAAAUAUUGGACAAAAACUACAUAUUAAAAUAUGAAAAUUGACCAACUAAAAGUGUACUAUGAUUAUUUCAAACAAAUACUUUAUAAUGAGUAAUUUUCCCAUAACUUAUACAAUUAAGAUACAACUCCAUUCUCUUUUAUAAAACUACCCAUAGGAAAUACCUAAUAUACAUAUACUUUAGAUAGCUUUGAUUUUAUGGCUGGAUUAAUUUAUAAUAUAUAGACUGUUUGUUUACAAAAAGACAUAACAAUUCUUAAAAUAAAUCAAUAAGAAAUCGCCUUUAUUCGGUAAAAUAUAUUCCCUUUUAUAUAUAAUUAACUUCAGAGUUAAUAAGAAAAUUUAAUAAAUGACGUUAAUUUAACUUCUAAAAAAAUAAAUGAAUUACUAAUUCUAGUUAUAAUAAUUUAAUCAAUUUUAACUUUAAUUUCUUUUCUAGUAUUAUUUCGAUAUAUAAUGAUUGUUUGUAAUACCUUCCAGUCUAUAUUAGAAGUCCUUCCCAAAAUAGACUCUAUAGAUAUACUAAAAAUCAAAAAUUACAGUCUAAACCUUUUGAGCAAUUUCAAAUAUAUCACAAACAAAGACGAUUUACUCUCUGGAACGAUUUUUAAUUCCAAGAUAAAUUUUUAGAAAAGAAAAUCAUUUAAGUUAUAAAAAACUUGCUUUAUGGAUAAUUAUGAAGUACCUAUAGUUAUCUAAACUGGAGCGGCUAAAAAAUAAAAAGAAAUUAACUAUGGUAAAUUCCUUAGAAGUACAAGAAUAUAAACUACUCUAUAUUAUACUUUAUUCAUAUUUUCAAUUACGGCUAUUUGUUCUUAUUUUUUAUUUAGCAUUAUUAGUAGUUCGAAUACUCUUUUUGAUAUUUUGGAUAAUGGAAUGCUCUUUAUGAAAAAUUUUGAUUAAAAUAUAAUUAUAAUGUCAGCUAUAAAAGAAAAAAUUUUAGAUAAAAAUAGAUAUGUGGAAUAUCUUUUACCUAAAAUUAAUAGUAAUAUUUAGGAAUUUCUAAAUAAAAAUUAAAUUCCUUAUUCAUAAUAAAUAAAUGAUUGUUAAUUCGAUGAAUUCUUUUAAAAUAUUUAUUAUAAAAACCCUUGUAUAUUAUAUGGAGACUUAAUUCCUAAUUAUUAAUAAGAAUGCGAAAAUGUCGCAUAGUAAUCAUUUAUGAAAGGAGUUUCGACUUUUAAUGCAUUUUAUCAAAAUACUGUUGGAGAUUUUGUAAAUAAUAAAAAAGAUUCGAUUCUAAGCAAUUAAACUAUACUGGAUUAUGAUAGAGGAGUGUUUUUUUAUGAUGUGUUUAUUAUUUAUUUAAUUGAAAUUUGGGGAUAAGAUAUGAAGAAUUAUUUAAAUAAAAAAAUAUUAUUUUUGUCUAUUUUUUUAGGUGUGAUUGUUUUCUUGAUAAUUUUGGCACAUAUAGUUAUCAAUGAAAAACUACUAAUUGGUAAUCUUUAAAAAGAAUAUGCUUAUUUUAGAUGUAUUUAUAAAAUGUAUAUGCCUGAUGAAAUUAUAUUAAAAGAAAAAAGAAUAAAAUUUUGGUUAGUAAAACAUUAUGUACUAAAUAAAUGA